CGGGGCGCGUGAGCCUUCAGUCAGGUGCCAGGCGCCGAUCGCGAUACACCGUAUUGUAGCGACCUAUAAAGCCUUACGAGUUCGUGCGAGCCUUUACAAUAUUGAUGAUCAUGAUAAUUUGACAAUAUCAACGCGACAGCUAUACCGUGCCCAUUGUGAUUCAGUGAAGUGAUUUAUUUGCCCAAGAUGUCUCGCCACGUUCUUCUAUCUCGGUUGGCAGAGCAGUUCCAAGCGUCAUCACCACCUGGACAGCGCUUUCCGUCACCAGACCGCAGUGUGUCGCCACACUCACCGACCUCCAAGUCACCACCCCUCUCUCCUGAUUCUCUUACCCACAACCGUCUUGAUAUGCUUCAGAUUGGAGACAUCGAGAUUGCAGGAAGAGCACUCAAGCAAUAUGCCAGAGCAACAGAACUUGGAGCCCUGAUGUACUGUAGCGGACUAGGUGCCCUUUACGGCGGCGCCGGAGUGUGGCCUUUGCUACUGCCCAGAGCUUCGCCCCAUUUCACACCACCACUCGACCACAUGCGACACACACCACCCCGAGAUGAUGACGAAGAGCUACCUUUGAAUUUGUCCACAAAAAAUCGACAAAUAUGGUCACCGGGAAGCGCCUGUGAACGUGAUAGAGACACAGACUCCUCUAUUGGAAAAUGGGAAAGCCAGGAAGAUAAUGACGCGCCACUUGAGCUGGUGAAAAGGUGUCGCAGCAGCCCUGAAGCUGACUACACAGAAACACGGCGCUGCCCAUCCACUCCGGGCUACCAGACCUACCACCAACCACCAUCAGCUGAUAUCGGCUUCCCUUUGCUAAUGAAAAAUGAAAACCGAAAUGAAAAAUCAUUCCAGUGCAAACAAUGCGGCAAAUGCUUUAAACGGAGCAGCACACUAUCAACGCAUCUCCUCAUCCACUCUGACACAAGGCCGUACCCUUGUCAGUACUGCGGGAAACGCUUCCAUCAGAAAUCGGAUAUGAAGAAACAUACAUACAUUCAUACAGGCGAAAAGCCCCACAAAUGCGUGGUUUGCUCAAAAGCAUUCAGCCAGAGUUCGAACCUUAUCACACACAUGCGAAAACACACCGGGUACAAGCCUUUCUCAUGUGGUCUCUGUGAUAAGGCGUUCCAGCGAAAGGUGGACCUUCGUAGACACAGGGACUCCCAGCAUUCAGAUGCCAUAGAACCUAUCACAAAUUUAUCAUCCAAUCGGUACCGAUAUUAUGAUGAAACCGCUGUAUCGCCCCUUGCAACUAAUUAAGGUGUACUAAUAAUUACAGCAAGUUGCCAAAGAUUUAAUAUCUUUAUGCCAUUAACGCAUUUAUGUACAAUAAGUACCAUUCGUAGAGUUAGUAACAAUUUGUUACAAAUACACGCGUGAUUUUUGUUUUGUCUAUAGAAAUGAGUGCCUGAAAAUUUACAAUGAGCUUAUAGAAUAUCAUUUCUUAUUAAUUCAUAUAACAUUAUUGUCCGUCCAAUGAUAAAAUAACCGUCCAUUUUAUUGUAAGGACCUACACUGUAGGCUCAAUAUUUAUAUAUAUUUGUUAUGUAUUAAAAACGUAUAACGUACUUUAGCCAAUAUUUUAAAUGUACGAAUCUCUAUCAUGUUAACAAAAGUUCCAUUAUUCAGUUUAUAUUCGGCACAAUACUGUAAGUUCAUUUGUUUUGUAUAAAAUCACGAAAUGAUUUAUUAAGGCAAUCCUUAGUUAUAAGAAUGUAUUUAAAAUGUAAAAAUAGAGUCUUAAAACCAAAGUAAAGUGUCUUGUAGUCAAGUGUAAAACGCUUUAUUUAUAAAAAAUCAACUUUAUCCUUUUAAGUUUCAAAUGUACCAUUUAUUUAUUCUUUCUUCUGUAGGUUAGGAAAUUCAGGGAUCAAUUUUAGAUCCUACAUUUAAGCAUUGAUAUUAUUGUGUAGUAACGAAAAUUACCACGAAUUUAUUACCUUUGAAAUCGAAAAAGCUACCGUGUGUUACCGUUUUAUGUAAAUUGUUACCAGCUUGGAAGAUAAAUGUUCAGGCAUUAACAGAAUUUUUUCUUGUAUAAAUUAAUUUUGAUAGAGCGUAGAUAUGUAGUAAUUCAAUUUUUAAGUAGUGUAUAACACCGUCCGAGCCCUAUUCAAUAGGUAGGUACAACCAAUAUAUGUGACAAGAUCCGAAAAUAAUUGUGUACAUUACGGCUAGAACACCAAAGAGUGUAGCUACUUUUUCUAGUUAUUAAUAGAUAAACCAUCUAGGUUAAGCCAGCGUAAUGAUAAUAACCUACUUAACAUCUUACCAAAAUCAAAUUUUAAAUGUACCUACCUAUCAUGGAUGUUUUGAUAAUUUAUUUAAAAUAAACUCUAAUUACUAUAUUGAACCUUGAGUCGUAAUUUUACUUUGUAAAUUAUGUCUAGGACAAAUUAGAAAUACUCGGUGAAACCGAUAAGACGAAUAAAAACAUUACAAUAUCUGUACAGAAAGACUACUCACACCUUUAAGAUUCCCUUUAUCAACAAAUUAUCCACGUACUUAGCUGUUCAAUGCGUUUUCAAUUAAAUUUGAGUUUUCUGUUGGUCCACGCAUUGUGUCAAAUGAUUCGGCUUAGCUGCAAAUCGCCCCAUAAUAUUUUGUAAUCUAAUAUUGUUUCUACUUUUUGUUUUUUUUCAAGUAAGGGAAAUUUAUGGAGUUUUUUCAAACCGUAAGUACCUACUUAGAGAUGUCCUAUACCGUUGAUGAUUGAUUAAUAAUAAUGAUAUAUCUAAAGAAUAGUGGGCACAAAUAGAAUCUACGAUAUGCCCGAUUUAAGUAACAAUAGGACAGGACAGUAUAGUGUUAGGGCUUUUCUUAUGUUCCAAUUGGUUUUAUGUCGAUCUACACUAAUUGGGCUUGUCCUCUAAGUAUCGCUUAAUUAGCGGCAAAAUAAGAUGAUCGCUUAUUUUACUUUUGGCUUGAUAAAUGUUUCCAGCCUGAAAAAUUAUUUGUGUAGUUUAUAAGCGAAAUUAUUAAACAAAUCUGUAUAUAAGCACAUAAGAUAUUGUCUUUAUUACAUAUUUAGGUAAUUGCCUUUUCAAACACGGUGAUAGCUACAUUUAAAGUCAAAUAGAGUUAAGCGACCUUAAGUGUAAAAACUACCUUUAAGAAACGUUUUAAUAAAAUAUUUCAUAAAAUAAA